AUGUCUUCAGUCCCCCCUGAUAACUCGCUGCUUACUCUUCCGGUCGACCUUCUCAAGGGCAUAACCAACAGCCUUGAGUCAUCUGACGAGAAGUCGCUGAAGCUCACGUGUCGCCGUAUGAAUCUGCUUCUCGCGCCCCCGCCUGCGGCACACACACUCAGGGGAGAUAAGCCAGCCAGGGACGGCAGGUCAACCCCGCUGCCUCAAAGUCCCCUCCCAGAGAGUGCGGCAAUCACCCUACAGCAGCUGGAGCAGGAGAACCACGAGGUCGAACAACGCGAUGAGCAAAGGGGCAUGGAGCUUUCCGAUACGGAAGAUGGGUUUGGCGACGACGACAACAGGUCAGACAUGGGCUCGAAGCCGACCAAGUACAAGGGCAGCAAGAUCCUGAACUGGACGGCCCAGCUCGACUCGGCGCCGUCGAGCCCGAGGCUGCGCAGUCCCGCGUCAUUCAUGCAUGGCUCCAGACCAGAAUCGCCGCGCCCUGCAGAGGCUGAGCUGCCUGCGAGGGAGUAG